CAUAUGAGCAAAGACACGGGGCCACCUCACAAAGUUACAGAGCAGUCACAGCCUCUAGAACCAUGGGGACCAGCCAUCGCAGUCGGUCCUUUCGAGAACCCAGGUCUUGCUAUGGGAAGCUCCAUGAGUCCCAGGGGAGGACCCCGGAGGGCCGACUCCACCGGGCACUGAGCCUCAGACAGGGCCGGGAGAAGUCCAGGUCACAGGGCCUUGAUGGCAUGGAAGGACUGGAGGUCCCUGCUCAGGAGCGGGUGCCAGGAACCCUGGGAGACACAGAGCAGCUGAUCCAAACCCAGCGAGAAGGCAGCCAGCGGUGGCUGAGGCAAUACCAACAGCAGGUAAGGAGACGGUGGAAGAGCUUUGUCGCCAGCUUCCCCGGUGUGACCCUGAAUCGACCAGCCUCCCCAGAGACCUUGUUGGACACCAACACCUAGAGCGGCUGUGAUUGUCCCUCACGCCACUGGCUGGACUCCUGCGUCUCCUCGCAUGCUUCUUCAUGGCUUUCCUGUCCUCUGAACUCCUUCAGCCUUUGUCAUGUGACCUAGGAGGCCUCUGUCAAUAGGUCAUUCAAGGCCCUAGGUGGCUGCCCUUCUCUGUUCUGGCAGCUAACUCUUAGCAAAGACCUCCAUAGGCCUGAGAAGGCAGCACUCAGCUCUCUGCCUUCUGGACUGACAUGUUUGCAGAUCUUAGGGGGCCUACACAGAAAUGAGAGUGUCACCAACACUCUUGACCCCACAAAGACCGGCCACCCAUUUCUAGGAUAGAGUUCAUUGAAGCCAAACAUGGCUGAGAAUUUCUUGAAUAUUGCCUAGUCACAGGGCCAAGCUCCACCUUGGCCUGCUAGUGACAGGUCAAGACUUGGAUCUCCCUCACAGACAGUGAGCCUUCAAAGGCCAGGACCUCAUCUGGACUGUCUUCACUAUGGGUGCUGUAUGCCCGGGAAGGCCAAACAUGAAUGUUGCUGCCUUGGACCUCAUUGAAUCCUGAUGAAGGAAGCAGGGAAGCUCUCCCUCCCUGUAUGACA